AUGAUAUCCACGUCAUCCCUCGCAUCGCGUCCUCCCUCAACCCAGCCCCUCGAUAUCGACAACACCAACGCCUACAAUACCGCAAAGGGCUACAUCACCUCCAACAACACCAGCGGAUCGGCCAAUACCAGCAACCCCGGCAGCAGUCCCGGCGGGCUCAGCGGCGGCUUCCCGCACGGCGGCGUCAUCAUCAAUGCGCCAGAUAAGCGCGGGGAUGGACGCGGCCAGCGGAGGAAGAGCAAGGCUCCCGACUUCAAGAUGACGGUGCACAAGGCCGGCAAGGAGGGGCCCAAGGUCCAGGCUCGCGCGGUCAGAGGCGGCACGGUGCUGAAGUUUACCUAA